AUGGCGAUUGUUAACAAUGGUAAUGUGAGCUCCAGUAGUGAUAACGAGACGGUAGCACAGCUUCUAUCGAAUGUACAGGUGGCUGUGGCAGACGACCCGGCACUUGCUCACAUGUUUAACAUUUCCGACGCCAGUCAAAUGAGCGAAGAGGAGCUCACGACGCUAUUACAGGGCAUUUUAACUGCAAGUUUAAGCGGUAGCUUGAACUCAAUGAACCCGGAGAAAUGGACGGAGGACGCGUCAGGAGCAGAGUGCUAUUAG